AUGGGCACCAUGAAUCCUAGGGCAGUUCACAGUGAGAUGCAGGACUUGGUGAAAUUGAAUCAGGGCUUUAUAAAUUCUGAAGAUCGCCGCUUCCUUCGGGAAUCAGUAGUGAGCCUGGAAAAUUCCAUGUCUCCCACUUCAAGCCAUACAGCUGCAGGUGAGAUGGUCAGAGAGGCAGAUAAGCUCCUGAAAGAGGCUGGGAACAAAGUGAAUGAUUUGGAAACUGAUGCAGAGGAGGUGAUUGAACCAGACCAAGAUGAUCACCAAGAGUUGGGAGACCAAAACUUGCAGGUAACAGAUGAGAUGAUGAUGCAGGCCAAUGAAAAGAAUAGGGAGGCCUUUGGUGUCCUGUCUAAAGGUGAACUUCAGAAAGCAAUUGACUUGUUUUCAGAUGCCAUCAAGCUGAAUCCAUAUCUUGCCAACUCGUAUACUAACAGAGCCAAUGUCUUCAUGUACCUACAGAAACCAAACGCUGCCAUUAGCGACUGUAACAGAGCCAUAGAGCUCAAUCCUAACUUAGCACAGCCCUACAAGUUGCGAGGAAAAGCACUCCAGCUCCUGGGGCUCUUGGAAGAAGCAGCCUGUGACCUGGCCUUGGCUUGCAAACUGGGUUAUGAUGAAGAUGCCAGUGAUGUGGUAAAGGAAGUGCAGGUGAGAACCCAGAAGAACUCUAAACACAAAAAUGUGCAAAAAUGUAAGCACGGGAAGACAAUGGAGAGAGUGAAAAAGGCUCUGGCAAAAGGAAGAGCUGAUAGGACAGCCCCAUGGGAUCAGGAAAAAGCUCAGAGGGAGAAGGAGUCCAGUGAGGAGUCCGAUAGUGAUGAGAGUGAGUUGGAGAUCGAUAAUGAAGGAGUGAUUGAACCCGAUAAGGAUGAGCCCCAAGAGAUGGGCGAUGAGAAUCUGAAGGUAACAGACGAAAUGAUGAAGCAGGCCAUUGAAAAGAAGAGGGAGGCUUUUGAUGCGGUGGGAAAAGGAGAACUUCAGAGAGCUGUUGACUUGUUCACAGAUGCCAUCAAACUGAACCCACGGCUUACAAUUUUAUAUGCCAACCGAGCCAGUGUCUAUGUGCAGUUGCAGAAGCCAAAUGCUGCCAUUAGAGACUGUGACAGAGCCAUAAAUAUCAACCCUGACUCCGCACAGCCCUACAAGUGGCGAGGGAAAGCGCUUCGGCUCCUGGGUUACUGGCAGGAGGCUGCCGAGGACCUGUCCUUGGCCUGUCAGCUGGAUUAUGAUGAAGAGACCAAUGCCAUGCUGAAUGAGGUGCAGCCAAGGGCCCAGAAAAUCACCCACCACUGGAGAAAAUAUGAGCAAAAGCAAAAAGAAAAGAGAUUUAAGGAGGCCCUGGAGAGAAUGAAGAAAGCCAUCGAGGAGAGGGAGGGAGCUCAACUUCAAACACCUGAGGAACAGGAAAGAGAUGAGCUUGAGGCCUGGCAAAAAGAGGAAAGAGCUAAGCCUCAGGAUACCCAGAAACAUGAAAGAGUUAGGCUUCAGGCCUCCUGGGAACAAUGGGGUGCACAUCUUAAAUACUCUAGAGAACAAGAAGGAGCUCUGCCAGUGGACAAUGGGGACAAGGAGAAAUUCCAGCUGAAGGCCCAGGGGAGAGCUGAGAGUGAGGAAGAGUCCAGUGAGGAGUCCGAGAGUGAGUUGGAGAUCGAUAAUGAAGGAGUGAUUGAACCUGAUGAGGAUGAGCCCCAAGAGAUGGGCGAUGAGAAUCUGAAGGUAACAGACGAAAUGAUGAAGCAGGCCAUUGAAAAGAAGAGGGAGGCUUUUGAUGCGGUGGGUAAAGGAGAACUUCAGAGAGCUGUUGACUUGUUCACAGAUGCCAUCAGACUGAACCCACGGCUUACAAUUUUAUAUGCCAACCGAGCCAGUGUCUAUGUGCAGUUGCAGAAGCCAAAUGCUGCCAUUAGAGACUGUGACAGAGCCAUAAAUAUCAACCCCGACUCCGCACAGCCCUACAAGUGGCGAGGGAAAGCGCUUCGGCUCCUGGGUUACUGGCAGGAGGCUGCCAAGGACCUGUCCUUGGCCUGUCAGCUGGAUUAUGAUGAAGAGACCAAUGCAAUGCUGAAUGAGGUGCAGCCAAGGGCCCAGAAAAUCACCCACCACUGGAGGAAGUAUGAGCAAAAGUGCAAGGAAGACGAAUUUAAGGAGAUGGUAGAGAGGAUAAAAAAAGUCUUGGAGGAUCAGGAGAGUGCUCAGAAAGCCCUGGAAGAACUGGAGAUCUAUGAGAAAGCAGCCCUGGAGGAACAGGAGAAAACCAUGAAGGAACCUGAGACAGCUGAGCAGAUAGUGCUGAAAGAACAGGAGGACAAUCAACAGGAGCCAAUGGAGGAACAAGAGAGAGCUCAGCAGAAGGUGUUGCAAGAACAAGAGUCCGUUAAGCAGAUGGAUCUAGAGGAACAGUUGAUAGCGUUGCAGACUGAGCUGGAAGAACAGUUGAAAACUCAGCAGAUGGAGCUGGAGGAAGAGGAGAGAGCUCUGCAGAAGUUGCUGGAAGAACAGGAGAGGACCCAGAAGAAGGUGCUGGAAAAACAGGAGAAAACCCAGAUGAAGGCUCUGGAAGAACUGGAAAGAGCUCAACAGCUGGUUCUGAAGGAACUGGAAAGAGCUCAGAAGAAGGUCUUAGAGGAACAGGAAAAAACUCAGAAGGCAGCCCUGGAAGAACAGGAGAGAGCUCAGAAGAAAUCCCAGGAGGAAAAGGAGAGGGCUGAGAAAGCCCUGGAGGAACUGGCAAGAGCUCAUAAGAUGGCCCUGAAGGAGCUGGAGAUUGCUCAGAAAAAAGGCCUGGAGGAACAUGAAAGAGCCCAGCAGAAGGCCUUGGCAGAACAAAAGAAAGCUCAUAUGGCUAUGGAAGAACUGGAGAAAGCUCAUAAGAAGCAAGAGAGAGCGCAGAAGGCUGCCCUAGAGGAGCAGAAGAGAGCUCAGAAGGCCCUAGAGGUACUGGAAAGAGAACAGAGAAAGGCCAUAGAGGAGCAGAAGAGAGCUCAAAAGAAGGCCAUAGAGGAGCAGGAAAAAGCCCAGAAAGCCCUGGAGGAACUGGCAAGAGUUCAGCAGCAGACCCUAGAGGAAAAAGAGAGAGCUCAGAAGAAGACCAGAGAGGAACAGGAAAGAGCCAAGAAAGCCCUGGAAGAACUGGUGAGAGCUCAGAAAGAGGCCCUAGAUGAACAAGAGAGAGCUCAGAAGAAGGCUACAGAGGAACAGAAAAGGGCUAAAAAGGCCUUGGAGGAACUGGAGAGGACUCAGAAAAAGACCUUGGAGGAACUGGAGAGAGCUCAGAAAAAGGCCCUGGAGGAACAGGAGAGAGCUCGAAAGAAAGCCCUGGAGGAACAGGAGAGGGCUCAAAAAGGCCUGGAGGGACUGGAGAAAGCUCAGAAAAAGGCCCUGGAGGAACAAGAGAGAGCUCAAAAGAAAGCCCUGGAGGAACAGGAGAGGGCUCAAAAAGGCUUGGAGGAACUAGAGAAAGCUCAGAAAAAGGCACUGGAGGAACUGGAGAGAGCUCAGAAAGAGGCAGUGGAGGAACAAGAGAAAGCUCAGAAGAAAGCCCUGGAGGAACAAGAGAAAGUUCAGAAGAAAGCCUUAGAGGAACAGAAGAAGACUCAGAAAGCUCUGGAGGAACUGGAGAGAGCUCAGAAAAACUCCCUAAAGGAGCUGGAGAGAGUUCAGAAAGGGGUCCUGGAGAAACAAGAGAAAGCUCAGAAGAAAGCCCUGGAGGAACAGAAGAGGGCUCAGAAAGCUCUGGAGAAACUGGAGAGAGCUCAUAAAAACUCCCUAGAGGAGCUGGAGAGAGUUCAGAAAGGGGUCCUGGAUGAGCCAGAAAAAGCUCAGAAGGAGGCCCUGGAGGAACAUGAGAGAGCUCAGAAAAAGGUUGCAGAGGAACAGGAGGAAGCUCAGAAAGAGGCCCAAGAAGAACAUGAAAUAACUCAUAAAACGUUUUGUGAAGACCUGGAAAGAGCUCAGGACAAAGACUUAGAGGAAUGGGAGAAAACUCAUAAAAAGGUCUGUAUAGAACAGGAAAUAGAUCAGGAGAAAGACAUAGAGGAACAGGAAACAGCCAUGGAGGAACAACUGAGGGCUCAGAAAGGUCCAGAGCAUGCAACAAGUUCAUUAAGACCUCUCGCAAAAUCCAUUUGGGACUAUUUUGAAUCAGGCUAG